UGGGGAGGGGGGCAGGCGCAGCGGGUAAGGCACACCCCGGCCUGGUCAGAAAGGACGCCAGCUUUUUUGUGUAUUUUCAACACUUAUUUUCUAGCGCUUUAUAGCAAUUUUAAUCGAACCCCCCCAGCUACCCCCCACGGGCACCCGAGGGUUCAGAGCCGAAUUAGCCUACCCACCCCUUGCUAAUAAUUUGCAUGUCCAACGACAAGUGCACGCUUUUUCCGGAGCAGCUGUUUGCAACGCAGGACGCGUUUAUCCAGCAUGUGCGGCAAUUCGCGGUAGAGAACGGAUUCAAUGUGCGACUAGACGACGUGGAGCGCGACAAGGAAGGGACCAUCCGCAAACGCGACAUCGUGUGUUCAUCCGAGGGAGUGCCGCGUAGCAAGGACGCGAAGCGCGAGGACAGCGUGGGCCGGUCAGAUGCCGAGACACCCGAGGCCUCGCACAAGUCCCUGGCGCACUCGGGCGCACACCGCCGGAAAUCCAUGAAGACCGGAUGCCGCUGGCUGGCGCGGGCGUCGCGGCAAGCCUCAGGCAUGUGGAAGAUCAUCAUGCUGCGGCUCGAGCACAACCACUCGCUGGCGGCUCGCUACGACGCCCUGGUGCCACAGCCGAACUCGCUGCGGACCGGCGACGUGGCCAGCAUAACGGCGGCGGCGGCGGCGGCCACGCAAGCGCAGGAAAACGGCAGCUACCGCGGGCCCACCGAGGAGUUCAAGAACCUGUUCCUGCAGCUGUCGGCCGCGUGCUCGGACCUGUGCUGGUCGGCCGCACGCAACCCAGACGCAGUGGCCGAGGUUCUGAGCGAGAUCCGCCGGCUCAACCAGCACCUGGAGUGGAAAAGCAGCAACUCCGACCGUCCCGCAUUGCCGACAAUCUCCGAGGGCGCCGCCGAUCGCCGCGCGCCGCACCGAACACUCGCCAGAGCUCAACGGCAACGCCGGGGUUGCGCCGAUUGCCCCUGCGCCUGCCCCCAAGCAGCCCACUGGCGUGGUGAAGCGGCCGCGCGGCCGCCCGCGCAAAAACCCGGUGGAGCCGAAGCCAAGCAAGAAGAAGCAGCCGCCAGCCCAGGAGCCGACACCGACGCCUUUGGCUCUGGCCACGUUGUCGCAUCAUAUUAUUUCGCAGCACGCGGCGUCGUCGCCGGCUAUUGCACAGCGGUCGGUCAACACGUCGCUGGCGCUACCGUCGCAGCCCAUGCAGGUGCAUUCGCACAGCAGGGCGCAGGCCGCUGGCGUGUCGGCUGAGGCCCGCGAUCCGUCGGUGUUUCUUAGCACCGAGCCGGCGUACCCUGAGCGAGCAGUGUCGCGGCCGCCCGGCUAUGCCAGGCAGUCGCCGGCGCCCCGGCCAACCGCCAUAUCGGUGAUCUCUGAUCCAGCUGCUAAUCAGCCUGCGGCGGCUGGGACGGCUGCGGCUGCGGCUGCACCAGAGGAUGAUGCUGCGAAGCAGCA